AUGCCAUUCUAAAUUUUAAGUCUCUCUAAAAGCCCCCCGUGUUUUCUCAAUCUCUCUCGCUCUGUAAGCUCAGUAAUGGAUAUCGAUUUCAAGGAAUACCAAUUGAGCUGCGAACUGCGAGGCCACGAAGACGACGUUCGAAGGAUCUGUGUGUGUGACAAUGUGGGUAUAGCAACUUCAUCAAGAGAUAAAACUAUCAGGUUCUGGUCUUUAGAUGCCUCGGACAAACGAAUGUAUCUUUCUUCUAAAUUACUGUUGGGGCAUACAAGUUUUGUUGGUCCAUUGGCUUGGAUUUCACCAAAUGAGGAAUAUCCGGAAGGUGGGCUUGUGUCAGGUGGGAUGGACACAAUGGUCUUGGUUUGGGACCUGAGAACUGGAGAGAAAGUGCGGACGUUGAAGGGUCAUCAGUUGCAAGUCACUGGUAUCGCAUUGGAUGAUGAGGAUAUUGUGUCAUCCUCUGUAGAUUGUACUUUAAGGCGGUGGAGGAAUGGCCAACUUGUUGAGUUCUGGGAGGCACAUAAUGCACCAAUCCAAGCAGUUGUAAAGAUGCCUUCUGGCGAGCUUGUUUCAGGUUCAAGUGACACAACACUGAAACUUUGGAAAGGAAAGACAUGUGUACACACUUUUACUGGGCAUACAGAUACAGUUCGAGGUUUGGCAGUGAUGCCUGGUGUUGGAAUUCUUUCUGCUUCACAUGAUUGUUCCAUCAGAUUGUGGACACUAACUGGCCAAGUACUAAUGGAGAUGGUUGGCCAUACUGCCAUUGUCUAUUCAGUUGAUUAUCAUGCAUCUGGACUAAUUGUCAGUGGUAGCGAAGAUCGUUUUGCAAAGAUCUGGAAAGAUGGAAUCUGUAUUCAGAGCAUAGAGCACCCUGGUUGUGUUUGGGAUGCCAAAUUUUUGGAAAAUGGGGAUUUUGUGACAGCAUGUUCUGAUGGAGUUACACGAGUUUGGACAGUACAUCCUGAUAAGGUUGCAGAUUCACUAGAACUUGAGGCUUAUGCUUCAGAAAUUUCUCAAUACAAGCGCAGCAGGAAGAGGGUUGGUGGAUUGAAAUUGGAAGAAUUACCCGGGCUUGAAGCGUUGCAGAUUCCAGGAACCAGUAAUGGCCAGACGAAAAUUGUCAGAGAAGGGGACAAUGGUGUAGCAUACUCGUGGAAUAGAAGAGAACAGAAAUGGGAUAAAAUUGGCGAGGUUGUUGAUGGACCAGAUGAAGGCAUGAACCGGCCUAUUCAUGAUGGAACUCAAUAUGAUUACGUUUUUGAUGUUGAUAUUGGAGAUGGGGAGCCUAUCCGUAAGUUGCCUUACAACCGCUCAGAUAAUCCUUAUGAUACUGCUGAUAAGUGGCUUCUCAAGGAGAACCUCCCUCUUUCCUACCGACAGCAAAUUGUAGAGUUUAUACUGCAAAAUACUGGCCAAAAGGACUUCAAUAUCAAUCCAUCAUUUCGUGAUCCUUACACUGGCUCAAGUGCUUAUGUACCUGGACAACCUUCUAGUAUGUCUGCUAUGCCAGCAAAACCUACCUUCAAGCAUAUCCCAAAGAAAGGAAUGCUUGUUUUUGAUGCUGCUCAGUUUGAUGGGAUCCUUAAAAAGAUUACCGAGUUCAACAAUACUUUAUUAACUGAUGUGGAAAAAAAGAACUUGUCCCUGACAGAGCUCGAGAUGUCCCGACUAGUGGCUAUUGUUAAAAUUUUGAAGGACACAUCACACUACCAUUCUAGUAGUUUUGCUGAUGUUGACAUUUCUUUGUUGCUGAAGUUGCUAAAAACAUGGCCAGUGGAAAUGAUAUUUCCAGUUAUUGAUAUUCUAAGAGUGACUGUCCUGCAUCCUGAUGGGGCAAGGGUACUUCUCAAGUGUGUUGAAAAUCCAAAUGAUGUGCUAAUUGAAAUGAUUAACAAAGUCGCCGCAACUCCUGCACUUCCUGCAAAUCUUUUAACCAGCAUCCGUGCUGUGACUAAUCUGUUCAGGAAUUCGUCCUACUACAACUGGCUACAAAAGCAUCGCAGUGAGAUUCUUGAUGCAUUUUCAAGCUGCUCUUCAUCUCCCAAUAAGAAUUUGCAGUUGUCUUAUUCCACUUUGAUACUCAAUUAUGCAGUGCUGUUAAUUGAAAAGAAAGAUCAAGAAGGUCAAUCUCAUGUUCUUUCAGCAGCUCUUGUGAUUGCUGAAGAGGAGAACAUAGAAGUUGAUUCGAAAUUCCGGGCUUUAGUUGCCAUUGGAUCGCUAAUGCUCGAAGGUCUCGUGAAAAGAAUAGCACUGGACUUCGAUGUUGGAAAUAUUGCCAAAGUCGCAAAGGCUUCUAAAGAAUCGAAGAUCGCUGAAGUUGGAGCUGACAUUGAACUAAUAACAAAACAGAGUUGAUUCAGUUAGUCAUGGUGGACAAUUCUUUUUCUCAGCCUCAGGAUCGGAAACUGAUCCGAGUCCAGCACAGAUUGUUGAGAUGGAGAUCGGUACGUGGUGGCUGAGUUUGAUCAGAUACUAGUGUCUUUAUUUCAGCAGGAUAUACAAAGGACACAAUGCGUUGCAUGAAGGAUUAAUGAAUAGAGGAAUAGCGUGCCUGGUAUACGACUGUAACACCGCGAUUAGGACCUUUUUUAUUUAGAUUUUAGACCCAGAUUCAUUUAUCGCCUCGUUUUAUAGGAUUCAAUUUUUUACCAACUUUGAUUUAGAUUUAAAGAAAUUGAAAAUGGAUCUUAGGAUCGGGUUGGCACACUAUUACUAUCUUAUCCUAAAUACUAAAAAAAUGCAUUUGUUUUAAUA